UGUCUCUCUCUCUCUCUCUCUCUCUCUCUCUCCUUAACGAUCUUUUCUCCAUAACUUUGUGUCACCCUAACUCCAUAACCAUAACCACUUGUUUGCUUCAUCAUAUAUACUUCUGAUAUAUAAUUUCCUAGUUACACCAAAAAAAAAACUUGAUUUCAGAAAAAAAAAAAUGUCGAGCAGAAGAUCUCGUUCAAGACAAUCAGGAGCUUCGAGGAUUUCAGACGAUCAAAUCAACGAUCUUAUACUCAAGUUGCAGCAACUUCUCCCCGAACUUCGGAACAGGAGUUCCGACAAGGUAUCGGCGGGAAGGGUGUUACAGGAGACGUGCAACUACAUAAGGAACUUACACAGAGAGGUCGAUGAUCUAAGCGAGAGACUCUCCGAGCUUCUCGCAAACACAGACUCUGCUCAAGCUGCAUUAAUCAGAAGCUUACUUACUCAACAAUAAAUGCUUUUUUUAUAUUUAUUUUAAAUUUAAUUUCGACCCGAGAAAGUAAUGAUUAAUUAUUCCCUAUGCUUUCUUCCUCAAAUCUGUGUGAUUUUUGUUUUUUUUUCUUAUAUUGCUCUUUUUUGUUAUUAUGGUUUUCCUCCAUCUCUCCCAUUAGGG